CUUGAAAAUCCGCCAAACAGACUAAAAAUGGCUGCAGAGGUUGAGCGUUUGAUGAACAGUUAUAAAGUUGUAGUUGUGAGUAAAAGCUUCUGCCCGUACUGCAAAGCUGCAAAGAAGAUUUUGGACUCCUACUCUAUUAAUGUCGAGAACAUUCAUGUCCUGGAAAUUGACGAAAGGCCGGAUGAGGAGGAAAUAAUGGACUUUCUCGAGAAGAUCGGAGGAACUAGAACUGUUCCCAAAGUCAUUAUCGGAGGCGAAGUUAUCGGAGGAGCUGAUGAUACGGCCAACCUCCAUAAUACUGGAGAAUUAAAGAAAAAACUGGAGGCAGUCAAUGCAAUAUAAAUAUGUUCGACGGGUCUCUGAAUCUGCGAAAUAGCAGAUAAAAGUUUUCAUGCAGAAGAUUUUGUUUUAUCAAAAAUAAAAUGAUUAAAGCACCAAA